AUGGAGAACCAUUCUCGAAAGAAAAGUAAGGGGAAGGCAGAUGCUGGUUCAAUUGGGAGUCGUAGGAUUUGGACGAAGAGGGAGGAGUUGUUUCUCAUAAGUGCAAUGAGAGAUUUGUGUAAUAAUCCUAAAUGGAAGGUUGACAAUGGGCAAUUUAAGUCGGGGUUUUAUGGCGAACUUGAGAAGAGAAUUAUCAUGGCUUUUCCUGGAAGUGACCUUCGUGCUUGUCCUCACAUUGAGUCAAAGAUAAAAAUUUGGAGGAAACACUAUGGCCUUUUGUAUGAAAUGACUAAGCUUAGCGGGUUUGGAUGGAAUGACACUGAGAAGAUGGUUCUUGUUGACAGUGAUGAUGUUUGGAAAAACUUUGUUCGGAGACAACCAAGUGCAAGUUCUAUGCAAAACAAGUCAUUUUCCAUAUUAUGA